AUGGCAUCGGAAAGUCUAGACAACAAACGGAAAGCUUCGGAGGAGGCCCUUUCCCCAGACUCACAGCAACAGAGUAAGAAAGCGCGCACCGAUUCCCCGGAGAGGGAACCAAAGUCUGAAGGUGGACCACUGGGAAAGCCACCAUUGAGGAUCGUUCCUUUCCCGGAGAAGCCAGCCGUACUGGAAGAACGUCGAGGGGAGAUCGAAUUCCGUGUUGUUAAUAACGAUGGUUCGCGCGACAGCUUUGUCGUCCUCACUGGACUGAAGUGCAUCUUUCAGAAGCAGCUCCCGAAGAUGCCCAAAGACUACAUUGCUCGGUUAGUCUACGAUAGAUCGCAUUUAUCUAUCGCUAUUGUCAAACAUCCGUUGGAAGUAGUAGGGCCUUUCAACAGUCGCAGAUUUGCGGAAAUUGUUUUUUGUGCCAUAUCUUCUGAUCAACAGGUUAAGGGUUACGGUGCGCAUUUGAUGUCUCACUUGAAGGAUUAUGUGAAAGCAACGUCGCCUAUCAUGCAUUUUCUGACAUAUGCGGAUAACUACGCUAUUGGGUAUUUUAAGAAGCAAGGGUUCACCAAGGAAAUUACACUGGAUAAGUCUAUCUGGAUGGGUUACAUUAAGGAUUAUGAAGGAGGCACCAUUAUGCAAUGUACGAUGCUUCCAAAGAUACGGUACCUUGAGAUUGGUCGUAUGCUUUUAAAGCAAAAAGAAGCAGUACACGCAAAGAUCCGUGCCUUCAGCCGAUCACAUAUUAUACACGCCCCACCCAAGGAAUGGAAAAAUGGAGCGUGUAAAAUCGAUCCAUUAAGUAUCCCGGCAAUCAAGCAAUCUGGAUGGUCACCCGACAUGGAUGAAUUGGCGCGUCAGCCACGCCAUGGACCGAAUUACAACCAACUGCUACAUCUGCUGAACGAUAUGCAAAACCAUAGUGCAGCCUGGCCAUUUACGCAGCCGGUCAAUCGCGACGAGGUUCCAGAUUACUAUGAAGUGAUCAAGGAGCCAAUGGAUCUGUCGACCAUGGAAGAAAAACACGAGAAGGACAUGUAUCCGACACCACAAGAUUUCAUCAAAGAUGCUAUGUUGAUCUUUGACAAUUGCCGAAGAUACAACAACGAGAACACCCCUUAUGCAAAGAGUGCGAAUAAAUUGGAGAAAUUCAUGUGGCAACAGAUUCGAAAUAUCCCCGAGUGGUCGCACUUGGCGGAUGGCCACUAA